UAAUGAGCCCCAUCUACGCCAGUCAUGUUAGCCAUUUCCUUGUGAUAAAGUUGGGUUUCACUUUUCAAAUAUUUCUGCGUUAUCUUGGCAUACAAACUUAAGUGGGAGUGGAUUUCCUCGUUUGUGCGUAUAAAUGCUGCUACGCCAGUAGGCUCGACACUAAGCCACUCUCCUUGAGCUGCUUUGCUCUGAGCAAAAAGGCUCGUCUCACAUCAUCAUGACGACUGAAACAGCAAAUCAAGAAGUUAAAAAAGAAGUGUACAUCUGUCUUCAAAAGAAACACAGUGCUAUUUUGUCACAACAAUAUGAACUGGUUCAUGGAUUGUUUAUAAGCGAGCUGAAUCCUUGUUUGAAUGAAGGAUACCUACAGGCUUACUUUAGAGAUUAUGGCACUGUCACAUCGUGUAAGGUGAAGAAGAUCUCCAACUCUGAAAAGGCAAUAGCUUUUGUGAAGUUUUCUACAGAGGAUGAAGCUGACAGCGCAGACUGGGACGGUCCUCACUACUUUGGGGGGACGGAGGUGAAAGUGAAACGGUUUGUGAGUCCAAAGAAUGAAGAUGAUUCAGAGGAUGAGGCAGAUUCAGCAUCUGCUAAACCUCCACCACGUCGUUCACUCGGCCUGGGCUACAUUCUGGAAGAUGUUCAGUGGUUAGAAGAUGAAUAGAGAAAAAACUCCACUCUUUCUCUGUCUGUCCUCUCCUGUUAGUAUAUAUGUUUGGCCUACAUUAACAUGGUUGUCCUUUUAUUUUAUUUUAUAACACUGCACAACCAUCUAUAUACAGUACAAUAAAUAGAGGAAAAAUGUGUUUCCUUUUCAGUGACAAUCCAGAAUUUUGUGAAUGUUUAUGCAGAUUAGA